AUGACUGCUGGCAUCUUGCCUAAACCAAAGCCUGAAGUCCAUCCACCACUGUACCCUCCAGUGUUACUUCCAGAGCCUGUGCCUGAACCAGUGCCAGUGCUAGAUCCUGUUCCUCCAGUGCUACUUCCAGAGCCUGUGCCUGAACCAGUGCCAGAGCUAGAUCCUCCAGUACUACUUCCAGAGCCAGUGCCUGAACCAGUGCCAGAGCUAGAUCCUCCAGUACUACUUCCAGAGCCUGUGCCUGAGCCAGUGCCAGUGCUAGAUCCUGAUCCUCCAGUGCUACUUCCAGAGCCUGUGCCUGAACCAGUGCCAGUGCUAGAUCCUGUUCCUCCAGUGCUGGUUCCAGAGCCUAUGCCUGAACCAGUGCCAGUGCUAGAUCCUCCAGUACUACUUCCAGAGCCUGUGCCUGAACCAGUGCCAGUGCUAGAUCCUCCAGUACUACUUCCAGAGCCUGUGCCUGAACCAGUGCCAGUGCUAGAUCCUGUUCCUCCAGUGCUGGUUCCAGAGCCUAUGCCUGAACCAGUGCCAGUGCUAGAUCCUGUUCCUCCAGUGCUGGUUCCAGAGCCUAUGCCUGAACCAGUGCCAGUGCUAGAUCCUCCGGUACUACUUCCAGAGCCUGUGCCUGAACCAGUGCCAGUGCUAGAUCCUCCAGUACUACUUCCAGAGCCUGUGCCUGAACCAGUGCCAGUGCUAGAUCCUGUUCCUCCAGUGCUGGUUCCAGAGCCUAUGCCUGAACCAGUGCCAGUGCUAGAUCCUCCAGAGCUAGAUCCUCCAGUGCUACUUCCAGAGCCUGUGCCUGAACCAGUGCCAGAGCUAGAUCCUCCAGUGCUACUUCCAGAGCCUGUGCCUGAACCAGUGCCAGUGCUAGAUCCUGAUCCUCCAGUGCUACUUCCAGAGCCUGUGCCUGAACCAGUGCCAGUGCUAGAACCUGUUCCUCCAGUGCUGGUUCCAGAGCCUAUGCCUGAACCAGUGCCAGUGCUAGAUCCUCCAGUACUACUUCCAGAGCCUGUGCCUGAACCAGUGCCAGUGCUAGAUCCUGAUCCUCCAGUGCUACUUCCAGAGCCAGUGCCUGAACCAGUGCCAGUGCUAGAUCCUCCAGUGCUACUUCCAGAGCCUGUGCCUGAACCAGUGCCAGUGCUUGAUCCUGUUCCUCCAGUGCUGGUUCCAGAGCCUAUGCCUGAACCAGUGCCAGUGCUAGAUCCUCCAGUGCUACUUCCAGAGCCUGUGCCUGAACCAGUGCCAGUGCUUGAUCCUGUUCCUCCAGUGCUGGUUCCAGAGCCUAUGCCUGAACCAGUGCCAGUGCUAGAUCCUCCAGUGCUACUUCCAGAGCCUGUGCCUGAACCAGUGCCAGAGCUAGAUCCUCCAGUGCUACUUCCAGAGCCUGUGCCUGAACCAGUGCCAGAGCUAGAUCCUCCAGUGCUACUUCCAGAGCCUGUGCCUGAACCAGUGCCAGAGCUAGAUCCUCCAGUGCUACUUCCAGAGCCAGUGCCUGAACCAGUGCCAGUGCUUGAUCCUGUUCCUCCAGUGCUGGUUCCAGAGCCUGUGCCUGAACCAGUGCCAGAGCUAGAUCCUCCAGUGCUACUUCCAGAGCCAGUGCCUGAACCAGUGCCAGUGCUAGAUCCUCCAGUGCUACUUCCAGAGCCAGUGCCUGAACCAGUGCCAGUGCUAGAUCCUCCAGUACUACUUCCAGAGCCUGUGCCUGAACCAGUGCCAGAGCUAGAUCCUCCAGUGCUACUUCCAGAGCCUGUGCCUGAACCAGUGCCAGUGCUAGAACCUGUUCCUCCAGUGCUGGUUCCAGAGCCUAUGCCUGAACCAGUGCCAGUGCUAGAUCCUCCAGUACUACUUCCAGAGCCUGUGCCUGAACCAGUGCCAGUGCUAGAUCCUGAUCCUCCAGUGCUACUUCCAGAGCCAGUGCCUGAACCAGUGCCAGUGCUAGAUCCUCCGGUACUACUUCCAGAGCCUGUGCCUGAACCAGUGCCAGUGCUAGAACCUGUUCCUCCAGUGCUGGUUCCAGAGCCUAUGCCUGAACCAGUGCCAGUGCUAGAUCCUCCAGUGCUACUUCCAGAGCCUGUGCCUGAACCAGUGCCAGAGCUAGAUCCUGAUCCUCCAGUGCUACUUCCAGAGCCUAUGCCUGAACCAGUGCCAGUGCUAGAACCUGUUCCUCCAGUGCUGGUUCCAGAGCCUAUGCCUGAACCAGUGCCAGUGCUAGAUCCUCCAGUAUUACUUCCAGAGCCUGUGCCUGAACCAGUGCCAGUGCUAGAUCCUCCAGUACUACUUCCAGAGCCUAUGCCUGAACCAGUGCCAGUGCUAGAUCCUGUUCCUCCAGUGCUACUUCCAGUGCCAGUGCCUGAACCAGUGCCAGUGCUAGAUCCUCCAGUACUACUUCCAGAGCCUGUGCCUGAACCAGUGCCAGAGCUAGAUCCUCCAGUACUACUUCCAGAGCCUGUGCCUGAACCAGUGCCAGUGCUAGAUCCUGUUCCUCCAGUGCUGGUUCCAGAGCCUAUGCCUGAACCAGUGCCAGUGCUAGAUCCUGUUCCUCCAGUGCUGGUUCCAGAGCCUGUGCCUGAACCAGUGCCAGAGCUAGAUCCUCCAGUGCUACUUCCAGAGCCUGUGCCUGAACCAGUGCCAGUGCUAGAUCCUGAUCCUCCAGUGCUGGUUCCAGAGCCUAUGCCUGAACCAGUGCCAGAGCUAGAUCCUCCAGUACUACUUCCAGAGCCUAUGCCUGAACCAGUGCCAGUGCUAGAUCCUGAUCCUCCAGUGCUACUUCCAGAGCCUGUGCCUGAACCAGUGCCAGUGCUAGAACCUGUUCCUCCAGUGCUGGUUCCAGAGCCUAUGCCUGAACCAGUGCCAGUGCUAGAUCCUCCAGUACUACUUCCAGAGCCUGUGCCUGAACCAGUGCCAGUGCUAGAUCCUCCAGUGCUACUUCCAGAGCCUGUGCCUGAACCAGUGCCAGUGCUAGAUCCUGAUCCUCCAGUGCUGGUUCCAGAGCCUAUGCCUGAACCAGUGCCAGUGCUAGAUCCUCCAGUGCUACUUCCAGAGCCUGUGCCUGAACCAGUGCCAGUGCUAGAUCCUCCAGUACUACUUCCAGAGCCUGUGCCUGAACCAGUGCCAGUGCUAGAUCCUGUUCCUCCAGUGCUACUUCCAGUGCCAGUGCCUGAACCAGUGCCAGAGCUAGAUCCUCCAGUGCUACUUCCAGAGCCAGUGCCUGAACCAGUGCCAGAGCUAGAUCCUCCAGUACUACUUCCAGAGCCUGUGCCUGAACCAGUGCCAGUGCUAGAUCCUCCAGUACUACUUCCAGAGCCUGUGCCUGAACCAGUGCCAGUGCUAGAUCCUGUUCCUCCAGUGCUGGUUCCAGAGCCUAUGCCUGAACCAGUGCCAGUGCUAGAUCCUGUUCCUCCAGUGCUGGUUCCAGAGCCUAUGCCUGAACCAGUGCCAGUGCUAGAUCCUGUUCCUCCAGUGCUACUUCCAGUGCCAGUGCCUGAACCAGUGCCAGAGCUAGAUCCUCCAGUGCUACUUCCAGAGCCUGUGCCUGAACCAGUGCCAGUGCUAGAUCCUGUUCCUCCAGUGCUGGUUCCAGAGCCUAUGCCUGAACCAGUGCCAGUGCUAGAUCCUCCGGUACUACUUCCAGAGCCUGUGCCUGAACCAGUGCCAGUGCUAGAACCUGUUCCUCCAGUGCUGGUUCCAGAGCCUAUGCCUGAACCAGUGCCAGUGCUAGAUCCUGUUCCUCCAGUGCUGGUUCCAGAGCCUGUGCCUGAACCAGUGCCAGUGCUAGAUCCUGUUCCUCCAGUGCUACUUCCAGUGCCAGUGCCUGAACCAGUGCCAGUGCUAGAUCCUCCAGUACUACUUCCAGAGCCUGUGCCUGAACCAGUGCCAGAGCUAGAUCCUCCAGUACUACUUCCAGAGCCUGUGCCUGAACCAGUGCCAGAGCUAGAUCCUCCAGUGCUACUUCCAGAGCCUGUGCCUGAACCAGUGCCAGUGCUAGAUCCUGAUCCUCCAGUGCUACUUCCAGUGCCAGUGCCUGAACCAGUGCCAGUGCUAGAUCCUACAGUACUACUUCCAGAGCCUGUGCCUGAACCAGUGCCAGUGCUAGAUCCUGUUCCUCCAGUGCUACUUCCAGAGCCAGUGCCUGAACCAGUGCCAGAGCUAGAUCCUCCAGUGCUACUUCCAGAGCCAGUGCCUGAACCAGUGCCAGUGCUAGAUCCUCCAGAGCUAGAUCCUCCAGUGCUACUUCCAGAGCCUGUGCCUGAACCAGUGCCAGUGCUAGAUCCUCCAGUGCUACUUCCAGAGCCUGUGCCUGAACCAGUGCCAGAGCUAGAUCCUCCAGUGCUACUUCCAGAGCCAGUGCCUGAACCAGUGCCAGUGCUAGAUCCUCCAGUGCUACUUCCAGAGCCAGUGCCUGAACCAGUGCCAGUGCUAGAUCCUCCAGUGCUACUUCCAGAGCCUGUGCCUGAACCAGUGCCAGUGCUUGAUCCUGUUCCUCCAGUGCUGGUUCCAGAGCCUAUGCCUGAACCAGUGCCAGUGCUAGAUCCUCCAGUGCUACUUCCAGAGCCUGUGCCUGAACCAGUGCCAGUGCUUGAUCCUGUUCCUCCAGUGCUGGUUCCAGAGCCUAUGCCUGAACCAGUGCCAGUGCUAGAUCCUCCAGUGCUACUUCCAGAGCCUGUGCCUGAACCAGUGCCAGAGCUAGAUCCUCCAGUGCUACUUCCAGAGCCAGUGCCUGAACCAGUGCCAGUGCUAGAUCCUCCAGUGCUACUUCCAGAGCCAGUGCCUGAACCAGUGCCAGUGCUAGAUCCUCCAGUGCUACUUCCAGAGCCUGUGCCUGAACCAGUGCCAGUGCUUGAUCCUGUUCCUCCAGUGCUGGUUCCAGAGCCUAUGCCUGAACCAGUGCCAGUGCUAGAUCCUCCAGUGCUACUUCCAGAGCCUGUGCCUGAACCAGUGCCAGUGCUUGAUCCUGUUCCUCCAGUGCUGGUUCCAGAGCCUAUGCCUGAACCAGUGCCAGUGCUAGAUCCUCCAGUGCUACUUCCAGAGCCUGUGCCUGAACCAGUGCCAGAGCUAGAUCCUCCAGUGCUACUUCCAGAGCCUGUGCCUGAACCAGUGCCAGAGCUAGAUCCUCCAGUGCUACUUCCAGAGCCAGUGCCUGAACCAGUGCCAGUGCUAGAUCCUCCAGUGCUACUUCCAGAGCCAGUGCCGGAACCAGUGCCAGUGCUAGAUCCUCCAGUACUACUUCCAGAGCCUGUGCCUGAACCAGUGCCAGAGCUAGAUCCUCCAGUGCUACUUCCAGAGCCAGUGCCUGAACCAGUGCCAGUGCUUGAUCCUGUUCCUCCAGUGCUGGUUCCAGAGCCUGUGCCUGAACCAGUGCCAGUGCUUGAUCCUGUUCCUCCAGUGCUGGUUCCAGAGCCUGUGCCUGAACCAGUGCCAGAGCUAGAUCCUCCAGUGCUACUUCCAGAGCCAGUGCCUGAACCAGUGCCAGUGCUAGAUCCUCCAGUGCUACUUCCAGAGCCAGUGCCUGAACCAGUGCCAGUGCUAGAUCCUCCAGUACUACUUCCAGAGCCUGUGCCUGAACCAGUGCCAGAGCUAGAUCCUCCAGUGCUACUUCCAGAGCCUGUGCCUGAACCAGUGCCAGAGCUAGAUCCUCCAGUGCUACUUCCAGAGCCAGUGCCUGAACCAGUGCCAGUGCUAGAUCCUCCAGUGCUACUUCCAGAGCCAGUGCCUGAACCAGUGCCAGUGCUAGAUCCUCCAGUACUACUUCCAGAGCCUGUGCCUGAACCAGUGCCAGUGCUAGAUCCUGUUCCUCCAGUGCUACUUCCAGAGCCAGUGCCUGAACCAGUGCCAGUGCUAGAUCCUCCAGUGCUACUUCCAGAGCCUGUGCCUGAACCAGUGCCAGUGCUUGAUCCUGUUCCUCCAGUGCUGGUUCCAGAGCCUAUGCCUGAACCAGUGCCAGUGCUAGAUCCUCCAGUACUACUUCCAGAGCCUGUGCCUGAACCAGUGCCAGUGCUAGAUCCUGUUCCUCCAGUGCUACUUCCAGUGCCAGUGCCUGAACCAGUGCCAGUGCUAGAUCCUCCAGUACUACUUCCAGAGCCUGUGCCUGAACCAGUGCCAGUGCCUGUUCCUCCAGUGCUACUUCCAGAGCCUGUGCCUGAACCAGUGCCAGUGCUAGAUCCUGUUCCUCCAGUGCUACUUCCAGAGCCUGUGCCUGAACCAGUGCCAGUGCUAGAUCCUCCAGUGCUACUUCCAGAACCUGUGCCUGAACCAGUGCCAGUGCUAGUUCCAUAG